UUUUUUGAACAUACUUACAUUCUUAAAAAUUUCUCGUUUAUUUGAAGUUCAAAUUUAACUGGACGUCUUGUAUUUUAACCCUUGAAGACCCUCCCUUCUCACCCCCCAUCCUCUCGUGGGCCCUGGUAGACCGUGGCCAGGCUGGGGUCCUCUAGGCUUGUGUCCAUCUGGGAAACAGGUACAAAGUUCACCCAGGCUGUCAAGUUGUUGCUAGAUUCUAAGCCGCUUUUGGUUCCUAGCCCAAUGGGUCAGUCCCAGGGGCUUCCUGACAAAAGCUGAGCCCAUUUUCUGAGUCCCCAAGGCAGCGUCCUCUGUGUUCCGUUUCAGGGCUGGAGUCAGGCAGCCUUGGUCUUACGGGAAAGGCCCAAUAAAGAAAGGAGCCGUCACCGUGGUGGAGCUGGAGCCUGAUUCCCAGCCUCCUUCCCGUGCUGUCCACGCUUGCUGCUGCAGUCAUCCACUAGCAUUUAUGGCAGCCAUGGGUGCCCGGUGGUGCUGAGAGCAGUGGGGCAUGGCUGUGGUCCUGCAGGUACUGCCCUGCGUGGCCCGAGCCCUCUUACGCCCGCUCCUCAUGGGGAGCCCGGUGGUCCGGCUGGCCAGCGGCAUGGCCCUGGCCGAGCAGGCACAGCAGCUCUUCGAGAGCACUGUGGGGGCUGUGCUUCCAGGCCCCAUGCUGCAACGGGCACUGUGCUUGGAUCCUAGCAGUGGGUUGCUGAAGGUGCGGGAUCGGAGCUUUCAGCUGCGUCAAAACCUCUACCUGGUGGGCUUUGGCAAGGCUGUGCUGGGCAUGGCCGCUGCAGCUGAGGAGCUCCUGGGCCAGCAUCUCGUGCAGGGUGUGAUCAGCGUGCCCAAGGGGAUUCGUGCUGCCAUGGAGCAUGCUGGCAAGCAGGAGAUGCUGCUGAAGCCACACAGCCGUGUCCAGGUAUUUGAGGGUGCAGAGGACAACCUGCCAGACCGAGAUGCACUUCGGGCUGCAGUGGCCAUCCGGCAGCUGGCUGAAGGUCUCACAGCUGACGAUCUCCUGCUUGUACUCAUCUCAGGUGGGGGCUCAGCCUUGCUCCCUGCCCCUAUUCCGCCUGUGACACUGGAAGAAAAGCAGACACUCACCAAGCUGCUGGCAGCCCGUGGAGCCAACAUCCAGGAGCUGAACACCAUCCGGAAGGCCUUGUCCCAGCUCAAGGGUGGGGGGCUGGCUCAGGCUGCCUACCCUGCCCAGGUGGUGAGCCUGAUUUUGUCAGACGUGGUAGGGGACCCGGUGGAGGUGAUCGCCAGCGGCCCCACCGUGGCCAGCGUCCACAGCGUGCAAGACUGCCUGCACAUCCUCAAUCACUAUGGCCUUCGAGCUGCCCUGCCCCGUUCCGUGAAGACUGUGUUGGCUCGGUCUGACUCUGACCCUCACGGGCCGCACAGCUGUGGUCAUGUGCUCAACGUGAUCAUUGGCUCAAAUGCACUGGCCCUGGCUGAGGCCCAGCAGCAGGCCGAAGCACUGGGGUACCGGGCCGUGGUGCUGAGCGCAGCCAUACAGGGUGACGUGAAAAGUGUGGCCCGGUUCUACGGGUUGCUCACCCGAGUGGCCGGAGCCCACCUCACCCCGCCUGGGACUGGGGCCUCCGUGGAGGAGGAGGCACAACUCUGGGAGCUGGCAGCUGAGCUCCAGCUCCCAGACCUGCAGCUCAAGGAGGCCUUGGAGGCCGUGGUGGGGGCUGAGGGCCCUGUCUGCCUGUUGGCUGGUGGUGAGCCCACCGUGCAGUUGCAGGGCUCAGGAAAGGGUGGCCGGAACCAGGAACUGGCUCUGCGUGUUGGAGCAGAGCUGGGACAACGGCCACUGGGGCCUCUGGAGGUGCUGUUUUUGAGUGGUGGUACGGAUGGACAGGAUGGGCCCACAGAGGCAGCUGGGGCCUGGGUCGUGCCUGAGCUUGCCAGCCAGGCUGCCGCUGACGGCCUGGAUGUGGCUGCCUUCCUAUCCCGCAAUGACUCUCAUACCUUCUUCCGCUGCUUCCGAGGUGGGGCGCACCUGCUGCACACGGGGCUGACUGGGACUAAUGUCAUGGACGCCCACCUCCUAUUCCUGCGGCCGCGGUGAUGGCAUGGAUCAUGGUUGAGUGCAGAGGAGACCUACGGGGCUGCAACCUGGGGCAGACCAGGGUUGGUCCCCAAGGCCUAACCAGGCCUGAGGGCCCCUUCUGUCCUUGGCAGUGGCUGCUCUGUUGACCCUGGGCCUCUGUUCUGUGCUCGUUCCCCCAGCCAAACUGGCAGAUGGGGGCCCUCUCCUCUCCCUCCUCUUGGCCAUGACAGCAGCUAACCCUGAAGAUUGGGAUAAGCCCCUUGGCCUGUUGGCUGUUCCUAGUCUUCUCCCCAACAGCAGGCAGCCCCUCUGCCGAGCUCUUGAGUGUUUUUUCUAUGGGGUGGAGUGAGAAGGACUGCAAAUAAACAGAGCCACACUA